CGUCGAGCGGUCAAUUUACCAAUUAAGGCAGUCCGUUCACCGCCACCAAAACACUCGACCUGGGCAACUCCCCAUUGCCCAGCCGUCCUACCGCACUCCGUCCGCCACAACAUAAAUCCAUCCCUCGCCUCACCCCCAACAACCUCAGCAAACAUGCCUCCGGCAUCCAGCCAAAAGCGCGCGCGCUCGCGCUCACGCUCACGCUCACGCUCACCUCCGCGCAAACGCCCCGGCGCCACAACGCGUGUCAACCGCAAUGAAAACCGGCGGCCCCACCCACUGCGAGAAGAGCGACGCGAAGAGCGCGAACGGCGGGAGUCGCCUCCACGCUCGCCGUCGCGCUCGCCUCCGCGCCAACUGAAGCGGCCCGGAAAAUCAGCCCAGAUCAGCCAGAGAGACCGCGAGAUAGCGCGGAGGCGGCAAGAAGAGUGGGAUCGCGAGAAGGAAAAGGAAGCCGCUGCCGCUGCUGCCGCUCGCGGCGUCCACGACGUCGUCAAGCAGCACUAUAACGCGGUGCCGGAGCGGGGACGCGACUGGCGCAAGACGAACAGCAAGAUCAAGGGCUUGCGCAGCUUCAACAACUGGAUCAAGUCGACUGUGAUCCAGAAGUUCUCGCCGGGCGACGAGUCCAUGGGCGAGUCGCAGUAUGGACAGAACAUCCUCGUGCUGGACAUCGGGUGCGGCAAGGGCGGCGACCUGCAGAAGUGGCAGUCGGCGCCGCGGCGCGUCGACCUGUACGUUGGCCUGGACCCGGCCGACGUGUCGAUCAACCAGGCGCGCGACCGGUAUAGCCAGAUGCAGCGGCGGCCGCACCGCGGGCGUCCCCAGCACUUGUUCCACGCCGAGUUCUUCGCCAAGGACUGUUUCGGCGAGCCGCUGACCGACAUCCCCAUCAUCCACGACGUGGGCUUCGACCCCAACGCGGGGCCGGACGGCGGGGGCAUGAGCCAGCGGUGGGGCGGGGGCGGCUUCGACGUCGUGUCCAUGAUGUUCUGCAUGCACUAUGCGUUUGAGAACGAAGCCAAGGCCCGCACCAUGCUGGGCAACGUGGCCGGCGCGCUGAAGAAAGGCGGCCGCUUCCUAGGCGUGAUUCCCAACUCGGACGUGCUCACGGCCAAGGUUGAGGAGUACUACAAGAAGAACAAGAAAGCGACGACGAGCGACGACAGGCCGUCUGGCCUCGACGACGACGACGACGACGACGACUGGGACCCUGAGAAGACGCUCGACGACCCCGCAACGCAAGCAGCGCCCGACGUGUCCAAAGACGACGAAGACGGCGAAGUGAAAGAAGAAGGCCUCGAGUGGGGCAACAGCAUCUACCGGGUCAAGUUCCCAGGCAAAGUGCCCGAGGACGGCGUGUUCCGGCCGCCGUUCGGGUGGAAGUACUUUUACUUUCUGGAGGAGGCGGUCGAAGAAGUCCCCGAGUACGUGGUGCCGUGGGAGGCGUUCCGCGCGCUGGCCGAGGACUUCAACCUCGAGCUGCAGUACCGCAAGCCGUUCAACGAGGUCUGGGCCGAGGAGAACGGCGACCCCGUGCUCGGGCCGCUGAGUGAGCGGAUGGGUGUGAGGGGCAGGGAUAGGGGCCCGCUACUUAUUAGUAAGGAGGAGAUGGAUGCGGCCAGCUUUUAUCAUGCGUUUUGCUUUUAUAAGGUUUAGGGCUGGUUGGGCUUGGGGUUGGGGGGGAGAUGGUGGUGGAUGUGGAUGUGUGGGCCGACAGGUCGGCGUUUGGGCUGGGUGGAUUAGGUGCGCGGAUGCUGGAUGAACGAAACACUAGGUACCUAAACAAUGGUCGUGGGACGGGGCCUUGUCGUGAAGCUAGCUGCUUUGCUUUACUUUGACUCUACGGACGAAAUACAUGGAUCCAAUCCAGCCCUUGCGAGUCUCGAG